GUUCGCCCUGGCAAGAUCAAGGAGGAUCUCAAUAUCGGGCAGUGGAUUCAACAACCCGGAUAAGUGCUUGAUCGUGGUCAGGUUGCACUUGACCUUGCUCCUGGUCUUGCAGGAUGGACAACUUCAGGGCGUUUUCGCUGAAGUGAAGUAUUUGCAUCGUGCCGAUGGGCGGCUCACAAGGUCUUGUGUAGACUCCAUCGGUGUCAACAACACUCCUUAUGAAGCACUUGAGAAACACAGGAUGCGUAGCCGCACAGCGGGUGUUUUGCGCGGCUGCCAGUUCCAAGCGGAAUGGUUGGACAGGACUGGGAAUGCCAGCAUGUGCUUGAAAGCUCAGGCCGAGGAACGCUCCACUGCCUCAUCCUUGGCCGACACGGGCGGAUCUGUUGGUGGGCUGCUAGCUCUCGGUGGUCCUUUCUUGGCAUCCUUCUUGGGUUGGCAACUGACCUUCGCAGUCUAUGGAGUGCUUUCCAGUUGUUUCUGUAUGGCAUGGCUCGGCAUCGCCUCCAGCUUGCCAACAUCGAGCUCCUUCAUAUCCGAAAUCGAGUUGCAGAUGCUCAUCAACGAGGGGGUGGUCAACAAGUCUCUGGCGAGCCAAAGCCAGCCUGCCAAGGUUCAUGGCAUUUCCUGGCGCAUAUUCUUCUCGUCGCCAGUCCUGGCUGUAUGCUAUGCCCAUGCGGUGUUCAAUUUCGGGAGGUACUUUCUCUAUGGAUGGAUUCCAACAUUUUACAGUCAGGUGCUGGGUGUGCCGGCGGCCACGGCUGCUUUCUGCCUGACGGCCCUCCAGGUUGCUGACGCGUUUGUGAAGCUCGCGGUGGCUCCCUUCGCUGAUCGGCUCGUCAAAUCGGGAAGGCUGUCGAUCCUGGGGCUGCGCAGACUGUUGAGCUGCAGCGGCUUCAUCGGCUUCGGUGCCGCACUGGGGCUGUGUUCGUUGACAACUUCACCAGUCUUAGUCACUGCAGCGUUGGUGUUGGGUAAGAGUGCCGCUUCUUGCCACGCUGCGGGUUUCAAGACUAAUUAUCUGGACAUUAGCCGAGCUCACACUGGAUCCAUCUCUGGAGUGGGAAACACCGUGGCAACGUUGUCCAGCACAGCUGCCCCACUGAUCGCUGGAACUGUGAUCCAGGUCAGCGGGUGGAGCUCCAUGUUUUUCAUUUGCUUAGCUGUGAAUCUGUCCGGAGCCGCCGUAUUCGGCAUUUUUUCUUCAGCAGAAAAUUUGGAUCCUGUGCUGAAGACACCUUAA